AGCCGGGUUUAUCUAGCCCGCGGAGGACUCGACUCACUGGUGCGCGUUUUCCGUCGGCCGCGUCUGGCGAGAAACGGAGUUUCGCAGCGCGGUGAGCUGGGAACAUACCUGGCUGCGAGCAUCACCAGGUCUGGAUCGCUGUAAACGUUGCUUUGAGGUGCUUUGGGAGAGCUAAAUUUAAAGAGGAGCAAAGACCUCUAAAAAGUCAUUUGGAGACGUCUCUAAAAUACUUGUAACUGUGUAUAAGCAAUUAAAGAGAUAUUGACCCCCAGCAAAACUAAUUGAAUAAUUGAGGCAGGUUUAUGUGUGUGUCAUCAGUUCUAUCCAGAAGCAGAAGAAUCUUCCUCUGAAUUUAAGGAUUGUGUACAUUUAAUGAGGAUGACUUUUCAAUUUAAUUUCAGUAUAGAAGACCAUCUGGAAAAUGAAUUAACACCCCUUGGAGGUGGAACUUUGGCCUUGGAUUCCUCAAAAGAGUCUUUGGUCUCAGAAAGCCAAAAAGGUAAACAUAGGGACAAAAAAUGUUCUACAGAAGAGUUUGACUUGCCUCGGGAUCCUUCAGGGGAACCUAAGUCAGUGAGAAAUGCAGCUGUCUUUCAAGACACAGACAGCUCACUCAGUGUAGCUAACAGUUCAAGUAACUUGGAGCCGUAUGAAAAACAGCUUUGCUUGAGAAUUGCCAAAGAGCACGCUAUGCCUAAAGAUUUAAAGAAAGUGUUAGAAAAUAAAGUCAUCGAAAUGUUACCAGGUCUCCAGCGUGUUAACAUAUCGGUAGUGAAAACCAUCUUGUUGAAAGAGAACUUCCCUGGAGAAAACAUCGUUUCAAAAAGCUUUUCUUCUCACUCUGAUCUGAUUACAGGUGUUUAUGAAGGAGGCUUAAAAAUCUGGGAAUGUACCUUUGACCUCCUGGCUUAUUUCACAAAAGCCAAAGUGAAAUUUGCUGGGAAAAAAGUAUUAGAUCUUGGCUGUGGAUCAGGGUUGCUGGGUAUAACUGCAUUCAAGGGAGGGGCCAAGGAAGUUCAUUUUCAAGACUACAACAGUAUGGUGAUUGAUGAAGUAACCUUACCUAAUGUCGUGGCUAACUCCACUUUGGAAGAUGAAGAAAAUGAUGGAAACGAACUAGAUGUGAAAAGAUGCAGGAAAUUAAAAGUAGUACAAGAUCUGUGUAAGUGCCGGUUCUUUUCUGGAGAGUGGUCUGAGUUUUGUAAGCUUGUACUAAGCAGUGAAAAAGUCUUUGAAAAAUAUGAUCUCAUUCUCACCUCAGAAACCAUUUACAAUCCAGAUUAUUAUGGUACGUUGCACCAAACUUUUGGUAGAUUGUUAGAUAAAAAUGGACGGGUACUUUUGGCCAGCAAAGCACAUUAUUUUGGUGUAGGUGGAGGUAUUCAUCUCUUUCAGAAGUUUAUAGAAGAAAGGAAUGUGUUUGAGACUAGAACACUCGAAAUAAUUGAUGACGGACUAAAGAGGUUCCUAAUUGAAAUGACUUUUAAGUCCCCCAGAUAAUGUCCCCUGAGUAUCCUAAAUGAAAUAAACCGAAUAACCAAAAAUGUGCUUUGAAUGUUCCAAUUCUGCUUUGAUAUUAUUUUUCUCUGAAAUUGUGACGUUUGUUUAGUUUUCUUUAUCUAAAUAAUAGGCCAGCUGUAUUAACAACCUUGUACUUGCUGGGUGAGACAGAAAAUAGUGUCCCUGAGCAUUUGAUGAGAUUUCCUAGGAAAUCAUUUUAUGGGAAAGUUUUCUGUUUUCCAUCCUCAUUCUAUUUGUCCUUUCUGCUACCCUUGACAUUUUGUAACAUUUUCUCCAGAAAAACCUGCCAUUUCUUAUUUCAAGUGUGAAUUUCUUCCAAGUCUUUGUUUGUUUCUAUUUAUAUGAGUUGUUAAGCCAUGCCAUGAAUUCUAAGGGCAUAAAUAUGUGUCACUAAAUGGUAGUGAACUUAAAAUAUUAGAUUGAAGGCCUUAGGUAACUAGGAAUAAAUUUUUGUUUUGUUCUAUUGUAUAUUCAUUUAUCUCAUAUAGUAAAAGUGGAAUGCUGUGCAGUGGAAGCCACAUUGAGGUGGAGGAAAUAAAGGAGAAUCCUGAUAAAGAGUAUAAAAGU